AUGGCGUUUCAAAUAUCGGUCGGCGAUGUAUUAAUGCUGUCGAAGCUCGCCUGGGAUAUCUCGCAGGCGUUCACAUCAGGCAGGAAGUCGGCACCUGCCGAGUUUCAGGAAGUGCAGAAUCAGCUCAGCUCACUCACCCAUGCGCUAGAAUCAUUGACAUCACUAUCCGGGGGGUCGCCAGGACCGGACGAUGGGGGGUUAGCCAGCAGUAUCGCGCCGAUCCUGCAGAACUGCCGCUUCACUCUGGAACAUCUCGACGCUCUCGUAAAGAAGUAUAUGAUCAUCGAGAACGAUGAAUCCGGUGGUCCAGAGAAAAAGCGAUGGCGAGAGGAGAUCAGGAAGAACUGGAAGAAAGUGCGGUGGACAAGGGAAGGAGGUGAUCUAACGAGGCUGCAGCAUAAUCUCGGAGUCCAUAUCAACAGCCUCAACCUUACAAUCGCAGUCCUAAACAGCGAAAUCAAUCAGAACCUUGGCCAGCGUGUAGAGAACGUUCAUGAAAUGCUGGGGGAGAUCUAUGCCUGGUUCACGAGCAAUUUGAAAGGCCGAGCGACAAGCUUCUAUGAGUCUUCCUCGAUACCACAAGAGAGGCCACUGGAGCUAUCAUUCUCACUGCACCUGGCAGACUCUGAAUCUUUUGAUACUGCUGCUCUAUGUGACAAUGCGUCUUUCAAUGUGGAUUGGCUGCAAAUCCCAGCACAGCCAGUCUUCAAGUGCAACUGUCAGCUUCGACGCACCAGGUACGGGGACAUCCACGAUGAAGAGCUUAUGCAAUAUCUAAACCUGGAAAAUGUGGCUGUCCUCCGGCAGAACAUCCCGACUUACCUGUCUUAUAAUCCGAAAUAUAAACCCAUCAAUUACUCUACUGGUCCUAUCGAAGCAGUCCAGCUGGUCCACUACCGGAAUUUGACUGGCGAUGGAGCGUGGGUGUUCAACGAAACGGCAGACGCGAUAUUGGCUGCUCGCUUGGAUCCGCUCCGCGUUGACUCGACAGAAGACGAAGCAUUCGAAUUUACCGUCACUGGUGAGCUCCAUAACUCUGCGAUCUAG